GGCACCCACCCCCGCUCCCCGCCCCGACUUUCCUCCGCUGCCGGCAGAGAAGGCAGGAGCCGGCAGCGAUCUCGCCGUCUCCAACUCUCUCGCUUUCUUUUUUCUUCUCGCUUCAGGAGUCCCCACCCCGCCUGCCUCCCUCCUCCUCCUUUUUCUGCUCUGCAAUCAGAGGAAUAAAUCAGGGAAGGACACACACAGAGAGUGAGCGGAGAUCUGUUACAAAAGUAGCCCUGAUGGCGGCGGAUCAGAUGAAGCUGGAGCUGGCUGCUGAGUAGCAGAGAGUAGAGUAUCUCUCGAUUUCUCCUCUUCCCCCUCUCCACCCACAGAUCUCCAUCGUUUCUCCUCCUCCUUCCCACCCUCGGCCGCGCUCCCUCUUCUCCGCACAUCUCUGGGCUGCGCCUCCUGCGAGGGGGCGGGUUGGGGGGAGCGAAGGAGGCUUUAAAAAACAAGAGCCCCCCCUCCCCCCUCGACCACCAUACACACAAUAAUUGAAUUUAUUAUUAUUGCCGUCUCGCCGACUUGGGGAAGGGGAUCGAUCGUCGAUCAGGAAGAUGGCUGCUGGCUGGCUGCUAGUCUUUAGCCUGACACUUUUCCAGUCCCUGGUGAUGAACCACUCCUCCGAAGGACCUUUUCCUUCUGCCACCACGAUAAAGUCAUGGGUAGAUAAGAUGCAAGAAGAUCUCGUAACACUAGCACGAACUGCAAGUGGAGUGGAAAAGCUUGCUGAGAUUUACAAGAAAAACCAAGCUUUGUAUACUGUAGAAGCCAACAACCCUCGUCAGCUAGUGGAGAUUGCAGCCAGAGACAUUGAAAAACUUCUGAGUAACAGGUCUAAAGCCUUGGUGCGCCUCGCUAAAGAAGCAGAGAAGUAUCAGGCAUCACAUCAGUGGAGGGAUGAGUUUGGGAAUAAUGAUAUCAUCUAUUACAAUGCAAAAGAUGACCAGAACGACCCUGAAAAAAAUGACACAGAAUCUGGCAGCCAGAGAAUCAGGCCUGUGUUUGAAGAAGAUCCUGUUUUCCGACGGCAGACAUCUUACCAGCAUGCAGCAGUCCACAUACCAACAGAUAUUUAUGAAGGCUCAACAAUUGUGUUAAAUGAACUCAACUGGACUGCAGCCUUGGAUGAUGUGUUCAAGCGGAACAGAGAAGAAGACCCCACUUUAUUAUGGCAGGUUUUUGGUAGUGCAACUGGCCUCGCUAGGUAUUACCCAGCUUCCCCAUGGGUAGAUAAAAGUAGAACUCCAAACAAAAUAGAUCUGUACGAUGUUCGCAGAAGACCGUGGUAUAUCCAAGGAGCUGCAUCUCCCAAAGACAUGCUGAUUUUAGUUGAUGCGAGUGGGAGUGUCAGUGGCUUGACGUUGAAGCUAAUCCGCACCUCGGUCAUUGAGAUGUUGGAAACCUUGUCUGAUGAUGACUUUGUGAAUGUAGUUUCAUUUAACAAUAAUGCUCAAAACGUCAGUUGCUUUAAUCAUCUCGUCCAAGCUAAUGUACGGAACAAGAAGAAACUGAAAGAAGCUGUUUAUAAAAUCUCUGCUAAAGGAAUUACAGAUUACAAAAAAGGCUUUAGUUAUGCUUUUGAACAGCUUCUAAAUCAUAGUGUCUCCAGAGCUAACUGCAAUAAGAUUAUUAUGUUGUUUACUGAUGGUGGUGAAGAAAGAGCACAAGAAAUUUUUCAUAAAUAUAAUGAAGACAAAAAAGUACGUGUGUUCACAUUUUCUGUUGGUCAACAUAAUUAUGACAAAGGACCCAUACAGUGGAUGGCCUGUGAAAAUAAAGGUUAUUAUUAUGAAAUUCCAUCCAUUGGAGCCAUAAGAAUAAAUACCCAGGAAUAUCUGGAUGUUUUGGGAAGACCAAUGGUUUUAGCAGGAGAAAAAGCCAAACAAGUUCAAUGGACAAAUGUCUAUCUGGAUGCUCUGGAGCUGGGCCUUGUGAUUACAGGAACUCUGCCUGUCUUCAACCUAACAAAGGAACAAAAUGGCAAAAUAAAUCAGCUGAUUCUUGGAGUCAUGGGGGUUGAUGUCUCUUUGGAGGACAUAAAAAAACUGACACCACGAUUUACACUUUGUCCAAAUGGAUACUAUUUUGCAAUUGAUCCCAAUGGGUAUGUGCUACUUCACCCAAAUCUCCAACCAAAGCAAAUUGGUGUGGGCAUACCAAAAGUUAAACUGAGAAAAAGGAGACCAAAUGUACAGAAUCCUAAAUCCCAGGAGCCUGUCACACUGGAUUUUCUAGAUGCUGAACUGGAAAAUGAUAUUAAAGUUGAGAUUCGGAAAAAAAUGAUAGAUGGAGAAAGUGGAGAAAAAACAUUUGAAACGCUGGUCAAGUCCCAAGAUGAGAGAUACAUUGAUAAAGGGAACAGAACAUAUACAUGGACUGCUGUGAAUGGCACUGAUUACAGUUUGGCAUUGGUGUUACCAUCAUACAGCUUUUAUUAUAUUAAAGCCAAAAUUGAUGAACCAAUAACACAAGCCAGAUAUUCAGAGACACUGAAGCUUGAUCAUUUUGAUGAAGCUGGCUAUACAUUUAUAGCACCAAGAGAAUACUGUAAUGAUGUAAAAAAAUCAGAAAACAACACUGAGUUUCUGUUAAAUUUCAAUGAAUUUAUCGACAGAAACACUCCAAGCAGUCCAUCAUGUAAUACUGAUAUGGUCAUUAGAGUUUUGCUGGAUGCAGGAUUUACAAAUGAACUUGCCCAAAAUUAUUGGAGUAAACUGUCUCUUGAUGGUGUUGUUGCACAAUUCGUUGUUACAGAUGGUGGAAUUACUAGAGUAUUCCCAAAAAGGGCAGGAGAAGAUUGGUUGGAAAACGCUGAAACUUAUGAAGUCAGCUUCUACAAACGGAGUUUAGAUAACGACAACUAUAUUUUCACAGCUCCAUACUACAACAAAAGUGGUGCCAAUAGCUAUGAAACAGGAAUUAUGGUAAGCAAGGCUGUGGAAAUAACGAUUAAUGGGAAGCUUCUGAAGCCAGCAGUUGUUGGAAUAAAGAUUGAUGCAACCAGCUGGAUGGAAAAUUUCACAAAAACCACAAUCAAGAGCCUGUGCAACAGUGAAAUCUGUGGCUGUGAGAGGAACAGUAUGCAUGUGGACUGUGUUAUCCUUGACGAUGGUGGAUUUCUUUUGAUGUCAAAUCGAGAUGAAUAUACACAACAGAUUGGAAGAUUCUUUGGUGAAAUUGAUCCUGGCCUGAUGCGAAACCUGAUUAACAUGUCCCUGUAUGCCUUUAACAAGUCGUAUGACUAUCAAUCAGUCUGUGAUCCUGAAGAAGAACCAAAGCAAGGAGCUGGACUUCGUUCUGCUUAUGUGCCUACAAUAACAGAUAUUUUGCAUCUAGGAUGGUGGGCUUCGGCAGCUGCCUGGUCUAUCUUACAGCAGCUGUUUUUGAGCUUGACAUUUCCACGAUUCCUUGAAGCAGCUGAUAUGGAAGAAGAUGAUUUUGGUGCCGCCCUGCCUAAAACAAGCUGUAUCACUGAGCAAACUCAGUACUUCUUUGAAAACGAUGAUAAAUCCUUUGGUGGGAUUGUAGACUGUAUAAACUGUUCCAGACUUUAUCAUGCAGAGAAGAUUUCAAACACCAAUCUAGUAUUCAUUAUUAGUGACAGCCAACUGCUGUGCCGCUCCUGUGACCCAAAGCCACUGAUGCAAGCAGAGAAGCCGGAUGAAGGACCAAAUCCCUGCGAAAUGGUUAAACAGCCUAGAUACAGAAAGGGUCCUGAUGUCUGUUUUGAUGAAGCCAAACAGGAAGAUUCGGCUGACUGUGGUGGUGUCUCUGGUCUGACUCCAUCACUGUGGUCUAUGGUAGGAAUCCAGUUGGUCCUGCUUUGGCUGUUAUCUGGCAGCAGACACGGCCAGUUAUGACCUUGCUAAACCAAAUCCUGCAUAACUUAACCAAGACCCGGCCAAAACGAUAGCCUCAGUUUAAUUUUCAGAAGGGUCAUCAGCAGAGCAGCAGUGCUCAUGUCUGGUUAUCACUCGUUGUGAGACUCAUAAAGGCACCCAUGGUGGCUGCAUGUUGGAGUGUUGGAUCCUUAAACGUUUGUGAAUGCUGCAUCAUCUAUGCCAUCCAAACAGAAUUCUGUACGUGCUCCACUGGGGAAUCUAAGAUUUUUUUUUAAUUAUUAUUUAUUUUUGUUUAUUGUUGUAAUCUUGAUGACUUCAUGUAAAAGGGCUCCCCUGAGAAUAUCUUAUCGAUGUGAUUUUCAUUUGUUUUAAGCUUUGGGUAUCUUUUAAAUGAACAUAAAAAAAAGAGAAAAAAAAAGAACGAAAAAAGAAAAUGCCCACUCUGGCUGAUGUUACUAGCACUAUGAUGGCUGCUGUGAGCAUCAGCUUUGUCCAAAUGAGUUGAGUAAAAUUAAAAUAUUGGCAAGUCUCCAUCAGAAGUUUAGUGUGAUUGAAAUAGAGGAAGGAGGGGAGCAGAGGAAGAAGGAGAGGAAAGAGAGGAAGGAAGGAAAGGAAGAAGGGGAAGAAAGGAGAGGAAGGGAGGAAGGAAACUUCUAUUUUUAGAUAUAUAAAGGUGCUUGAGAGUUUAACUAAAAAGUUAUCCUCAUCUUAAACUUGGUUUCAGCUUUCAGAAAAAUGUUAAUUUCAAAGUAAUCUUCACAUUGUUUUCACACUGCAGUUACAUAGAAAACUAGUAGAAUCCUUCAAAGGCUCAAACAAAAGCACUUGUGAAUAAAAAAUGUCUUUGUGAUAUUUGAACGUUGGUUUCCAAGGGUAUUUUGCAUGAUGAUGAUGCUAUGCUAUUGUUUUUCAGUUUGUUUUCUUUGAUGGUAGAGUAUAGUCCAUUGGAAAGGUAACCGAGUGAUUCUUUUAUUGUGUGUGAAACUGAACAUUGCAAAUGUGCUGCAAUCAAAUCACAUUAAAUUUUAUUAUGAAAAAAAAAGCUCUGAAUAUACUGUGCAAUGAAAGCGCUGAGAAAAUAGGGUAAGUUUCGCUAUCGGAAAAAAGGAUUGAGUUGGAUUUUUUACAGAAUAGUGAUCUCACAAGAAAACCUGUGUACAGCUAUUUUAAGUAUAUAAAAAUCAGAUUUAAUACCUUUAUUUUUGGAAGUAUAUGUUCUCUAAGGUUCAUAUUAGGUUCCCCCUUUGUUUCUUUCAUAUAAAAAACACCCUUGAUAUUCAAACUUACGCUGUUGCUAUUUAUUAUUGAAAAUAGCAUAUUUAAGAGAAAAAAAAGUCCUGGCUGCUGAGAUUAGAAAUAGCCUAAACAAAUGGGGAGCCUUGAAUCUCUAUGUAUGCACACUGAUACUUGAUUGUGAAUACUACUUUUAGAAGUUGUUUUUAUACAGCCUCACUGGUGAUGAUACAUAUUGGUGCAGUAAAUUCCAGUAUGACAGUGUAGCAUAGUGUUGAUGCAAAAAUAUGAUUUGCGCUUUUCCUUUUCUAGUUUUCAGAACUAAACAGUCUUGCGAGACAGCUAAACCAAUGAAUGUGCAACUCUGCUGGUAUUGUACAAUUCUGCUAAAGACCGCAAUAUGCAAACAUUAAUUAAUAUGGCACAAUAUAUUAGCUCUUAAAAAAUAAAUACGAAAAUGCAAAGCAUUGGUAUGUAUAUGCUGGCAAUGGAUUGAUACAAUUUUGAUCAUGCCAAAAGCUUAUAGAAAUAAUUGGGCAUGUAUUAAUAUACUAUGAGAACUGAAGUAGCUACUCAAAGCCAUGGCAUGGCUUGAAAGAUCAGAUGUCUACUGUCCUUGUACUCAUGGCUGGUUUGUUGUUUUGCUCGCGUACCUUGGCUCCAGAUAUGUAUUUUCUCAUGUUUGGGAAUACAGUGAGUGAUAAAAAUAAACCCUGAUCAGAUUUAGCUUUUUGAAAAAACAUCUCUGGUAGAGUCAUGGGGUUAAAGUACAGUUAAGUGUGUUGGAUGACUUCAGGUCCUCCUCAAGGAAGGCAAGCUAAUUUUGGUAAUAAGGGUGGAGAAUUAGAGCUCUUCCUUCCAAUCAUGUUUUUGUACUUCUCUUUCGCUAUCACCAGUUACCACCUGAUGGAAAAUAAAUUUGAAUCUUUCUAAUGCUGAGGCUGGAUCCUGUCAUUUUCCCAAACAUGGUCAAUUGAAGUGUAUGGAAGGAACAAGUUUUGUAGGAUUAGACCAAUAUUCAGUACAUUCAUAG